GAGAAUACGUAUCAGGGGAGGACUGACAUCUCAGUCCAACCUGCCUUACGCACAUUUGAAAACUAUUAUGACGAUUCUAAACAGCGAAACACCUUUACAAAAAAAUAUAGGCGUACGUACAGGUGUUCGUGUAGUGUUAGGUAAAGUUCUGUCAAAAGUACUAAGCUAACCAGAAUGAUAAAAUACAGUUUUGUACAUAUUUCUAUCGCGAUAAAAAAGAAACAAUACUAAUUUAAAAGUCAUUUUUAGUGCCGCCUGAUCACCCCGGUUGAGCCGCAUUUCACACGCUGUACGGAGCCCCGGGAGACGCCAAUCUGCGUUUGACAGAGCGAUAUGCUGUCAUCAGGCUUCAGUCGUAAUCCUGCAGAAAACCAUUAGGAUCCGGAAGUCGCCGCGCAGCCCUGCUACGCCAGUGCUUCUUCCCGGUGCCCACAAGUCACUCACUGUAUGCGUGCAUGCUGGCACAGCUAAAUACAGAUGUUAAGAAAUACAGCAACUUGUCUCUCGCAAGUACAUCCUGGAUUGCGCUAACCUCUUCUGUGCUCAGGAAGCUGAAAUCCAGGAGCAGAGACGCGCAGUGAGCAAGAAAAAGAAAAAACGAAGUAAAGCAAGGAAACAGGUCAGACGGUGUGCCUCGGCGGUCCGGCGGAGCCCUGUUACAAGCUUGCGUACUUCCGUGACAUGACAAGCCGUGUUGCCUUCAUAGAGGCGCAGCGCGCAUGCGAGAUGGAUGGGGGCACCCUGCUGAGUGUGGAGAGUGGAGCAGAGCAGAGGCUCAUUGAGCACCUUCUCCAGGAGCUCAGCAACGCCUCCUCUGGGUCCGCCUUAGGGCCGGGGGCAGUGGAUGGAGACUUUUGGAUUGGGCUGACACGGACAGAAGGGGAGCCCCAGGACCAUGGGCGCUUUGCAUCAUGCCCAGACCUGUACCGCUGGACAGACGGGAGCACUGCUACAUUCAGAAACUGGUACUACGAUGAGCCGUCGUGUGGCGGGGAGGCCUGUGUGGUCAUGUACCACCAGCCCAAUGCUCUCAGCGGCCUGGGGGGGCCAUACUUGUACCAGUGGAAUGAUGACCGAUGCAAUAUGAAGCACAACUUCAUCUGCAAGUACAAGCCAGACAACGUGCAGGACAAGAAGUUCUCAGCAAAGCCAGGACCAUCAGAGCCAGACCUCUCUAACAAGGAGCCGGAUGUGAAGGAGGAGACCCUAGUCCCGCCUCACGUGAUAGCUACAGGCCCCUCGGGCCUCCUCCUGGUUUACGUCAUCAUCCCCACCAUCCCACUGCUCCUCCUCAUCCUGGUGGCUUCUGGCACCUGCUGUUUCCAGAUGCUCAGCAAGAGCAAGCCACGGGCCAAAACCAGUGUGACCCAGCCCACCCUCUGGAUCUCCAAGACGCCCAAAACAGACAGCGGCAUGGAGGUGUGAAGUCCUGCACCACAGAAUGCCCUGCAUUACCAACUCCCCCCUGUCCCCACCGCUACUCUUUACGUUGAUGUUACGUUCUGUUGAUGUUAAUGGCUGAGAUCGCCCCCCUGAUGGCCUGAACAGUACAGCACCUGGGAGCUGCCCCCUCCCUCACAAACCCAUCUCCCUCCUCCCUUACCUCAUGCUUAUCUGGUACCAGCAUCCCCCCUCAGCUGUUUCUUCAUCUGGAAGGAGCCCCAGGCACAUUCAGUGCUGACCCCCCCUGCCUCCCUCCUACUUAGGAGCAUCACAGUGGAUACCAGGGCAGUAAAAGAUUAAUGCUGCAUAAUAAAGUGUUUGGGGGAGUUAAGAGUGGCCUCAACAUGGUGACAGAGAGAUUCUGAACAUGCAAGACUUUGAGGGGCGUUGAAUUGCAGCAGAGAGGGGUGGCAGGCAGAUUUCCAGCAUUCCAACAGCCUGUAUCGCUGCCCCCCGCUAGAUGGAAGUGGUGCAAUCUGUGUGUUGCUGAAAAGGUGUAGACUGGCGUGUUUUGUAUCCAUGUUUGCUGUGGAAAUGUGGACCUCCCAGAUAAAUGCUUGUUUAACACCGUUUCCAGAUUAAUGUAAGUGAAAAUGUUCUGCCCAUGUGUUGUCAUGUGAAGAGGAUAUCAAUUAAAGCCUUUACGUGA